AGUAUGUGUGCCGUGUGCAGGUUAUGGCUUCUCACAGUAAUGAAGGUCGUUAUGUAAACAUUGGUGGAAUUAAAAUCGGUCACUAUAUUCUUGGCCGUACGCUUGGGGUGGGAACUUUCGGCAAAGUGAAAAUUGCCACACAUCAGAUCACAGGGUACCAGGUUGCUGUUAAAAUACUCAAUCGACAGAAACUCAAAUCUCUCGAUGUGGUGGGAAAACUAAAGAGAGAAAUCCAGAAUCUUAAAUUGUUCCGGCAUCCCCAUAUUAUCAAGCUAUACCAAGUAAUAUGCACGCCGACCGAUAUUUUUAUGGUGAUGGAGUACGUUCCAGGGGGUGAACUGUUUGAUUACAUUGUUAAACAUGGAAAACUUCAUGAAAACGAAGCCCGGAAGUUUUUCCAGCAAAUUAUAUCAGGAGUGGAUUACUGCCAUCGGCACAAAGUAGUCCAUCGCGACCUGAAACCCGAGAAUCUCCUUCUUGACGCGAGGAGUAAUGUAAGAAUCGCUGACUUUGGUCUCUCCAACAUGAUGUCUGAUGGGGAAUUCCUUAAGACAAGUUGUGGGUCGCCUAAUUAUGCGGCUCCUGAGGUUGUGUCAGGUAAGCUGUAUGCUGGACCAGAGGUUGAUGUAUGGAGCUGUGGUGUUAUACUUUAUGCCCUGCUGUGUGGGACUUUACCAUUUGAUGACGAACAUAUACCAACUCUGUUCCGUAAAAUAUCAAGCGGGGUGUUUGAGAUACCACAACAUUUGGACAGAAAUGCAGCAAAACUGAUACAACAUAUGCUCAAGGUGAAUCCAAUGAAGCGCGCCACAAUUCAUGAGAUCUGCCAAUAUGAUUGGUUCAAAGUUGAUCUCGCAAAGUAUUUGUUCCCUGACGAUGGGAAUAUCAACACUAAUGUCAUUAAUGAGGAAGCAUUGGCUGAGGUUUGCCGCAAGUUUGGCGUAAAAGAGGAAGAAGUCUCACACGCUUUAUCCCACAAAGCACCCCAUGAUCCACUAAACGUGGCCUACCAUCUUAUCAUUGAUAACAAGAUCAUUUACAACCAAGCUCAAGAUUUCUUCCUUGCUUCCAGCCCACCAUCGUCAGGAUUGACGGGAUUCUCGUUCGCGCAACAUGAUGCGAGGACUCAUCCAGAGAGGAUUGCUCCCAUGCUCGACUUCCAUGAACAAAGAGAAGCCCCUGUUACUACUGUCCCACCAGGCAAGCAGGGCAAACGAUUAGCUCCGAUGAAACGUGCCAAGUGGCAUCUUGGUAUCCGGUCACAAAGUAGACCUCGUGAUAUUAUGUUUGAGGUUUUCAAAGCAAUGAAACGACUUGGUUACGCUUGGAAAUUAAUCUCGGCGUUCCACGUUCGUGUACGUAGGGUGAACCCAAUCACUAAACAUAUCAACAAGAUGAACUUACAGUUGUACCAAGUUGACUAUCGGAGCUAUCUCCUUGACUUCAGUAGUUUAUCCGAGGAUCAACCAGAACAAGGAUCGGGCGAUUCAAUCACAAUGAGUUCAUCACAAGAUGAUAAAUGGUCGGCCUGCAUGGCUGUUGAUGAAUCGAAAUAUUCGAAGAGCGUCCCGUCUUCCUCAAUUCCGAUGAAAAGGAAUCGAAACACGAGCUCCGACCCCGGGGAAGUCCACCACACGAUGGAGUUCUUCGAGAUGUGCUCAAGCCUUAUCACCGCACUAGCGAGAUAGAUACAUUUCAACAUUAGCGCAGCAAGAAAAAAUUAGGGGGUUUUGGUAACAAAUUUUUAUUUUAUUUUUUUUUUUUUUUAAAGGGGUUAUAGCGGCAUCACCAUAAACCCCAAGUCUCUGGCAGAGCUUUUGCAAAAAAAAUCAUGUCUUGGUUCUGUUUGUUCCCCCAUGUUUCCCAAUGUUCCUUACCAUAUUUAAACAUCUAAAGCAGAGUUUUUAAACUGGUUCACUGAAAAUGCUUUAACAACAAUAUUGUUAGUUGAAAUAUUUUUUUAUUAAUUGUUAGUUGAAUAGUAGGCUUCGUUUUUGCAUUGUGUGUUCGGCAAAUUGGUCAAAUCAUUUUUAAGAAUGUUAUAAAUGAUUUUGUUUUAAUAUAUUCAAGAAAUACUUUUUUAGAUUGUCGCUUAAACUAAUUAAAAUAUUUGUAUUGUAAUAUUUGUUUAAAUUACAAUUCUAGUACGGUAACUAUAAACUGGUAAAUUCUAUUUUUCAAAAGUGACGUCUUUUUUUCUAUAGUCUUAUCAUGCGAUGCAUUGUAUCUUAAACGCUUUGAUUUGUUUGGUACUGUGGGGUAAGUUGGGACACCUUUAGCGUAGAAGUGGUGAGGAUAUAAUUCUUUGAAUGUUCUUUGUUUACUACCAAAUGGGACGAGGUGAAAAGAUGUCUCAUGCUACCCCACCCUACUAUGUAAUCUGUACAGAUAUAUUUAGCUGUUCAAGACCUAACAGAAUAUCCCCACAAUAUCUCUGUUUUAAACAGAGAUAUCAUUAUAUUUACAUCCUCUUAAACAAUUUAUCUUCUGUCUUGUUUUGUCGUUUUCCAAAUGUUGCUUUUCAUACGGAUUCAGAUUUUUGUUGUUACUGCAAAUUCAAAUAUUUGAUUUCGUGCAUAUUCAAGUUUUAGCAUCCAAAUAUGCAUAAAAUGAAACAUAUGUGAACGACAAAACCUGCAAAAAACGACUUAACGCAAUAAUUACCGUGAACUCCUGACCUACUGGUGUUUAGCGCAAGGUGUUUCAUUCAACCAGCAUAUUAAGUUACUGUGGAUGAACCACAACUUAUUUCUCAUUCGUAAUGUUGUGUUUUUCUCAUUGUGGUUUCGUUGGUUCAAUAAUUUUGCUUCUGAAAAAAGUCCAAAGUUUUUCGCAUCUGUACAUAACGUAUCGCAUUAGCGUAUUAUACACCGCAUGCUCUGUUGUUUUUUAUCGUGGUCUUCAUAUUCGCUGCAUGUUCGCCUUUACCCUUUCAGUGCCGAUAAAUAUUGUGUGUCCAUACAAUUGCAUAAGGAAUGUAUAUAAACAUGAUACCAAUGCCUAAAUG